UGGACCCAAGCCUAAUAAAGGUGGCAUAAAUAAAGGUGUCAUAAAGACAGGGCGGGGCGCAUGCUUAUAAGGGGCACGAGCAUCUUAGGGUUGCCAGAAUGACUCCCGCUCAGUGCGUAGCACUCGCGUGUGUCAUGUCCCAGCUGCGUUUCUGGGGCCCAUGGCCCCUCCUCACGUGGCAACUAUUGUGUCUACUAGUCAAGGAGACUCAGCCUCUGGAGUGGGUCAAGGACCCACUCCAGCUGACCUCUAACCCCCUGGGGCCGCCUGAGCCCCGGUCUUCCCGCUCCUCCCAUCUGUCAUGGGAAUCUCCCCAUGCGCCCACUCCCCCGGCAGACCUGGGGGACUUUGAUUACCUGGGGCCCUCUGCUUCCUCGCAGAUGUCAGCCCCACCCCGGGAAUCGACUGAAAAUUUGGUUCCAUUCCUGGACACAGAUUCAUAUCCCGGCAGCCUGCCUCCAGAACUCCGGGUGAACUCAGAUGAGCCUCCAGGGCCCCCUGAGCGAGUUGGACUUUCUCAAUUCCAUCUAGAGCCGGAAACUCAAAAUCCAGAGACCCUUGAACACACCCAAUCCUCUUUACUCCAGCAAGAAGCCCCAGGGCAGUUUCCACAGCUCCCUGAGGAGGAAGAACCUUCUUCCACCCAGCAGGAGGCCCUAGCUCUGCCUCCAGCAUCCUCUAUGGAAAGUCUAACUCUACCAAAUCGUGAGGUGACAGUUCAGCCUCCAGGUGAGGAUCAAGCUCAUUAUAACUUGCCUAGCAUUACAGUUAAACCUGCAGAUGUGGAGGUUCCUGUGACUCCAGAGGCUGAAAACGAGACAGAAUCUUCCGAAGUCCUGCAGGAGUCCCCAGGUCAGCCUCCAGAGGAGGUGGAACCUUUUGCAACCCAACAGGAGCCCCCAACUGAGCCUCCAGGUCCUCCUAUGGAGCUUGAACUUUCCCCUAGUGAGCAGGAGCAGCCAGCUCAGCCUUCUGAGUCUUCUGGGGAGGUUGAAUCUUCUCCAGCCCAGCAGGAGGCCCCAGCUCAGCCCUCAGAACAUCAUGAAGUCACAGUUUCACCUCCUGGUCACCAUCAAACUCAGCAUUCAGAUUUUCCCAAUGUCUCUGUUAAGCCUCCAGAUGUGCAGCUCACCAUAGCAACAGAGCCUAGUGCAGAGGUGGGAACUUCUCCAGUCCUCCAGGAGGCUACAGCUCAGCUCUCAGGGCCAGGUAAUGAUGUAGAACCUCCCACCAUCCAGCACGGGGGCCCACCUCUGCCUCCAGAGUCACUGGAAGAGGCUGGACCUUCAGCAAUUCAACAGACUUCAGUUCAAUCUCCGGAACCUGUUAAUAAUGAGAACCCCUCUCCAACCCAGCAGGAGGCUGCAGCUGAGCAUCCAGAGACCGCUGAGGAGGGUGAGUCUUCUCUAACCCAGCAGGAGGCCCCAGCUCAGACUCCAGAGCUCCCUAAUGUAGUUGUAGCUCAACCUCCAGAGCAUCAUGAGCAUUCACACCUGACUCAAGCCACAGUUCAACCUUUGGACCUAGGGUUUACCAUCACUCCAGAAUCNNNGACAGAGGUUGAACUUUCUCCAACCGUGCAGGAGACCCCAACUCAGCCUCCUAAGAAAGUUGUACCCCAACUUCUAGUAUAUCAAGAGGUAACAAUUCCAACACCAGGUCAGGAUGAAGCUCAGCAUCCAAUGUCAUCCAGCGUCACAGUUCAACCUUUGGACCUGAGACUUACCAUCACUCCAGAACCCACUACGGAGGUUGGACAUUCUACAGCCCUGAAGAAGACUCUAGUUCCUCCAAAGCACCCUAAGGUGACACUUCCACAUCCAGACCAGGUUCAGACUCAGCAUUCACACCUGACUCAAGCCACAGUUCAACCUUUGGACCUGGGGCUUACCAGCACUCCAGAGCCCAGUACGGAGGUUGAACCUUCUACAGCCCUGACAACUACAGCUCCUCCUCCAGAACACCCUGAGGUGACACUUCCACCUUCAGACAAGGGUCAGGCUCAGCAUUCACACCUGACUCAAGUCACAGUUCAACCUCUGGCCCUGGAGCUUACUAUAACUACAGAACCUACUACAGAGGUUAAACCAUCUCCAACCACAGAGGAGACCUCAACUCAGCCUCCAGACCCGGGGCUUGCUGUAACUCCCGAGCCCACUACAGAGACUGGACAUUCUACAGCCCUGGAGACGACUACAGCUGCUCGUCCAGACCAGGUUCAGACUCUGCAUCGAAAACUGACUGAAGUCAGAGAUCCACAUACUGAACUAGAACCUACUCAGGACUCACUGGUGCAGCCUGAAAGUCACGCCCAAAAUAAGGCUUUAACUGUACCAGAGGAACAGAAGGCCUCCACAAGCACCAACAUAUGUGAACUCUGUACCUGCGGAGAUAAGACGCUGUCGUGUAUUGAUCUCAGCCCAAAGCAGAGGCUCCGCCAAGUGCCUGUGCCAGAGCCCAACACCUACAAUGGCACCUUCACCAUCUUAAAUUUCCAAGGAAACUAUAUUUCGUACAUUGAUGGAAAUGUAUGGAAAGCAUACAGUUGGACCGAGAAACUAAUUCUCAAUGAAAAUUAUUUGACUGAAUUACAUAAAGAUUCAUUUGAAGGCCUGCUAUCCCUCCAGUAUUUGGAUUUAUCCUGCAAUAAAAUACACUCUAUUGAAAGACGUACAUUUGAACCACUACCAUUUUUGCAGUUUAUAAAUCUUGGUUGCAAUUUACUCACAGAACUGAGCUUUGGAACAUUUCAGGCCUGGCACGGAAUGCAGUUUUUACACAAGUUAAUUCUCAAUCGCAAUCCUCUGACAGCUGUUGAAGAUCCAUAUCUCUUUGAACUGCCGGCAUUAAAAUAUUUAGACAUGGGAACAACGCAAGUUCCACUUGCAACACUUAAGAACAUUCUCACGAUGACUGUUGAAUUGGAAAAACUGAUCUUACCUAGCCAUAUGGCCUGCUGCCUCUGCCAAUUUAAAAACAGCAUUGAGGCUGUCUGCAAGACAGUCAAGCUGCAUUGCAACAGUGCAUGUCUGACAAACACCAUACAUUGUCCUGAAGAAGCAUCUGUAGGGAAUCCAGAAGGAGCGUUCAUGAAGGUGUUACAGGCCCGGAAGAAGCACACGAGCACUGAGCUGACUAUUGAGCCGGAGGUGCCCUCAGACAGGAGUCGCAUCAACUUCUCCGGCUUUGGGAGUGAGCAGCUAGACACCAAUGACGAGAAUGAAGUUAUCAGUGCAUUAAGUUAUAUCUUGCCUUAUUUCUCAGCAGGAAAUCUAGAUGCGGAAUCAAUAUUGUUACCGUUCACUAAACUGCUUUUUGCAAAUGAAAACAGCCUGGCAAAGAUUCAAAGUGUAGGCAACAACCUGCAGAGAAUGAACAGAGUCCUCACGGGCCCAAGGAGCAUCCAGAAAAGGCACUUCAAAGAGGUGGGAAAGCAGAGCACCAGGAGGGAAGAGGGUGCGCAGGCAUUUGUGGAGAGCGCUGCCCAAGAAAAAAGGCUCGGGAGCCCAGUCUCAAGGGAGCUGGAACAGCCUCACACAGAGCAGGGACGUGAGAAGUUAGUGGGAAACACCGUCUACACCAAGCCUUCGUUCACCCAAGAGCUUAACGCAGCAGUCUCCUCUGUGCUGAAACCCUUCUCCAUGGGCGAGCCUUCUGCCUCCACCCCUGCAAAAGCCCUACCUGAGGUCAGAGACAGAUCGAAAGACUUAACCCACGCCGUUUUCAUUUUAGAAAAUGCAAAGGCUAGAGUUACAAAUAUGAAGGCUGCUAAACCAAUCGUACAUUCCAGAAAAAACUACCACUUUCAUAAAACUCGCUCCCGUGUGGCCCACACAACACCCAAGGUCAAAAAGAUUAGAAAGUUGAGAAAGGAAAGUUAUCUCGAUAGACUGAUGCUCGCAAACAGGCCGCUGUUGUCUGCAGCGAAGAGCCUCAUAAAUUCCCUUUCACAAGGGACUUUUUCAUCUUUAGGAGACUGGAGUCCUCAGGAAAAUCCUUUUCCUAAACUAUUUGAUCCUUCAGAACGUGUUAUAGAGAACACUAAUGUAAAGAACACAACUGCAAGAAAUGCCUUCGAAGCAAUCAUUUUUAUGGAAAACCCUACUAUGCCGGAAGACACCAUCUCUGAAAACACAACCUACAAUCCUCCUCCUGAGGCAGAUUCCGCUGGGACUGCGUUCAACUUAGGGCCAACUGUUAAACGAACCAAUCAGACACAAUGGGAAUACAACAAUGUGGGCACUGACCUGUCCCCCUAGCCCAAAAGCUUCAAUUACCCGUUGCUUUCAUCCCCAGGUGAUCAGUUUGAAAUUCAGCUAACCGAGCAGCUACGGUCCCUCAUCCCCAGCGAGGAUGUGAGAAGGUUUAUUUCUCAUGUUAUCCGGACCUUAAAGAUGGACUGCUCUGAAACCCGUGUGCAACUGACCUGUGCCAAGCUCAUCUCCAGGACAGGCCUCCUGAUGAAGCUUCUCAGUGAGCAGCAGGAAGUAAAGGCGUCCAAGGCAGAAUGGGAUACGGACCAAUGGAAAACUGAGAACUACAUCAAUGAGAGCACGGAAGCCCAGAGUGAACAGAAAGAGCAGAAGUUGAGUGAGCUCACAAAAGAAGUUCCAGGAUAUGGCUAUAACAACAAACUCAUCUUGGCAAUAUGUGUGACUGUAACACUGAUUAUUUUGAUUACAAUUUUCUGCCUCAUUGAGAUUCAUUCCCACAAAAGGGCAUCAGAGGAGAAUAAAGAAGACUCAUCAGUGUCAGGCCCCUGAGCCCAAGUUAAGGCAUCCAGAUGGCCUGGAGCCAUGUUUUUUAAAUUUUAUUAUUAAGUAUUG